CGGAGCGGGGCGCGUUGGUACACCGCGCCGCCUCUCGGAUCGCCUCCACCGGCCACAGUUCAGUACAGCAUGGCGGUCAUUUCCCGUCAGGAAAAUACUACCCUUCUCACAUCCCAAUGGCUCCGCAUUCAGUCUGUCCCCUCUGUAGACUCCACAACCCCAGUAACCCCAUCACUCUCCCUUGUGCUCAGGUCUGCUCGUCUCUCUCUCUCUCUCUCUCUCUCUCUCUCUCUCUCUCUCUCUCUCUCUCUCUAUUCUCCACCCCCCUGUGUGUUUUUAUGUGACAGCGUGUGCAGGGUUUAUUUGAGCACGUGUGCUCGGGGCUCUUUAAAGAGGCCGGUUUGAAGCCUGCACCGUUCCUGACAGGAAGUGAAUUUAUGAGCCUCCGUCUAUGUCAGGCAGCCAGGCUGCCCUUCUACAACCUUGAGGCUGCCUUUCUACAACCAGGAGGCUGCCCUUCAACCACCAGGAGGCUGCCCUUCAACCACCAGGAGGCUGCCCUUCCACAACCAGGAGGCUGCCCUUCUACAACCAGGAGGCUGCCCUUCCACAACCAGGAGGCUGCCCUUCAACCACCAGGAGGCUGCCCUUCCACAACCAGGAGGCUGCCCUUCAACCACCAGGAGGCUGCCCUUCCACAACCAGGAGGCUGCCCUUCCACAACCAGGAGGCUGCUCUUCUACAACCAGGAGGCUGCCCUUCUACAACCAGGAGGCUGCCCUUCUACAACCAGGAGGCUGCCCUUCAACCACCAGGAGGCUGCCCUUCCACAUCCAGGAGGCUGCCCUUCCACAACCGGGAGGCUGCCCUUCAACCACCAGGAGGCUGCCCUUCCACAACCAGGAGGCUGCCCUUCUACAACCAGGAUGCUGCCCUUCUACAACCAGGAGGCUGCCCUUCUACAACCAGGAGGUUGCCCUUCCACAACCAGGAGGCUGCCCUUCCACAACCAGGAGGCUGCCCUUCUACAACCAGGAGGCUGCCCUUCUACAACCAGGAGACUGCCCUUCUACAACCAGGAGGCUGCCCUUCUACAACCAGGAGACUGCCCUUCUACAACCAGGAGGAUGCCCUUCCACAACCAGGAGGCUGCCCUUCUACAACCAGGAGGAUGCCCUUCCACAACCAGGAGGCUGCCCUUCAACCACCAGGAGGCUGCCCUUCCACAACCAGGAGGCUGCCCUUCUACAACCAGGAAGCUGCCCUUCCACAACCAGGAGGCUGCCCUUCCACAACCAGGAGGCUGCCCUUCAACCACCAGGAGGCUGCCCUUCCACAACCAGGAGGCUGCCCUUCUACAACCAGGAGGAUGCCCUUCCACAACCAGGAGGCUGCCCUUCCACAACCAGGAGGCUGCCCUUCUACAACCAGGAGGCUGCCCUUCUACAACCAGGAGGCUGCCUUUCCACAACCAGGAGGCUGCCCUUCCACAACCAGGAGGCUGCCCUUCUACAACCAGGAGGCUGCCUUUCCACAACCAGGAGGCUGCCCUUCCACAACCAGGAGGCUGCCCUUCCACAACCAGGAGGCUGCCCUUCUACAACCAGGAAGCUGCCCUUCUACAACCAGGAGGCUGCCCUUCUACAACCAGGAGGCUGCCUUUCCACAACCAGGAGGCUGCCCUUCCACAACCAGGAGGCUGCCCUUCUACAACCAGGAGACUGCCCUUCAACCACCAGGAGGAUGCCCUUCCACAACCAGGAGGCCGCCCUUCCACAACCAGGAGGCUGCCCUUCUACAACCAGGAGGCUGCCCUUCUACAACCAGAAGGCUGCCCUUCUACAACCAGGAGGCUGCCCUUCUACAACCAGGAGGCUGCCCUUCUACAACCAGGAGGCUGCCCUUCUACAACCAGGAGGAUGCCCUUCCACAACCAGGAGGCUGCCCUUCUACAACCAGGGAGCUGCCCUUCUACAACCAGGAGGCUGCCCUUCUACAACCAGGAGGCUGCCCUUCUACAACCAGGAGGCUGCCCUUCUACAACCAGGAGGCUGCCCUUCUACAACCAGGAGGCUGCCCUUCUACAACCAGGAGGCUGCCCUUCUACAACCAGGAGGAUGCCAUUCCACAACCAGGAGGAUGCCCUUCCACAACCAGGAGGCUGCCCUUCUACAACCAGGAGGAUGCCAUUCCACAACCAGGAGGCUGCCCUUCCAGUGCACACACCAUUCUCUCGCUUUUCAAGGGCUGCACUGAUUCCAAGACAGAGACAGAAACUGAAAAGAAAGGGGAAGGAGAAAACAGAGCUCUGCUGUCUGUGUCUGUAUCUUGUUAAAGGGGAAGGAGAAAACAGAGCUCUGCUGUCUGUGUCUGUAUCUUGUUAAAGGGGAAGGAGAAAACAGAGCUCUGCUGUCUGUGUCUGUAUCUUGUUAAAGGGGAAGGAGAAAACAGAGCUCUGCUGUCUGUGUCUGUAUCUUGUUAAAGGGGAAGGAGAAAACAGAGCUCUGCUGUCUGUGUCUGUAUCUUGUUAAAGGGGAAGGAGAAAACAGAGCUCUGCUGUCUGUGUCUGUAUCUUGUUAAAGGGGAAGGAGAAAACAGAGCUCUGCUAUCUGCUGUCUGUAUCUUGUUAAAGGGGAAGGAGAAAACAGAGCUCUGCUGUCUGCUGUCUGUAUCUUGUUAAAGGGGAAGGAGAAAACAGAGCUCUGCUGUCUGUGUCUGUAUCUUGUUAAAGGGGAAGGAGAAAACAGAGCUCUGCUAUCUGCUGUCUGUAUCUUGUUAAAGGGGAAGGAGAAAACAGAGCUCUGCUAUCUGCUGUCUGUAUCU